GCGGAGCUGCGUCUGUUCGCCCAUCCAUCCAUCCGGGCACCAUGGCGGAGGAGCUGGCGGAGCGGCUGGGCCGACGGUUGGGGAUGCGGGAAGGGGAUGCGGAGCAGCAACAGCAGCAGCAGCAGCAGCAGGAUGCAGAGCCCACCCCGGUGCCCCCUGGCAGCCCAGCGAUGCGGGCGGUGGGCAGCGAAGGUUCGCCCGGGGGCGGCCGGAGGCUCUUCAGCCCCGCGGCGGAGUUCCGUGAGUUCUCCCGGCGGCAGCUCCGUGACAUGGAGAGACUCUUCCGACAGUAUGACGCAGGGAAGGAUGGCUUCAUCGACCUGAUGGAGCUGAAGCUGAUGAUGGAGAAGCUGGGAGCGCCGCAGACCCACCUGGGCCUGAAGAACAUGAUCAAGGAGGUGGACGAGGACCUGGACAGCAAGCUGAGUUUCCGCGAGUUCCUGCUGAUUUUCCGCAAGGCAGCAGCAGGUGAGCUGCAGGAGGACAGCGGGCUGCAUGCACUGGCACGGCUCUCCGAGAUUGACGUCUCAACGGAGGGCGUGAAGGGAGCCAAGAGCUUCUUCGAGGCCAAGGCACAGGCGGUCACCGAGUGCAGCCGCUUUGAGGAGGAGAUCCGUGCAGAGCAGGAGGAGAAGAGGAGGCAGGCGGAGGAGAUGAAGCAGCGCAAGGCAGCCUUCAAGGAGCUGCAGUCAGCAUUUGCUCAAUGACCACGGCACGUGGAAGGAGCCACGCCGCGCCGUCACCAUUCCCUGCGUGUCAUCAUGCCCACGACUCGUGCCAAGCUGGUGGCAGCUGUCCCUGUGCUUGGUGCCACGGAGCAGGCGGGUGCGCCCAUCCCACUGCACCCAACGUUGGCUUGGAGGUGGCCUUGGCUCCCCUUGGGCUGCUGGCUUAUUUUGGUGAAAGACACCCAUAAAGGCCACCGAGGGGAGAGAAGCUUUAUUUUUUGUCUGUCUGUCUUCUAAGCACCCCAAGGGACGGCGUCUAACCUGCUGUCCCUGCAGCAGUGGUUGUGCCGAUGCUGUGAUGUCCCACAAAGGUGUUGUCUCAACAGCUGCUUCCAUUCUGUCCUAUGGAUGUGUUCUUUGCCGUGUUGUUUUCUUUCUUUUUUUUUUUUUCUUUUUAAAUCCCAAAUAAAUAUUAUAUUUCCUAA